AACAAACGGUCAGUCGGCGAAUUGAGUGGGUUGUUGUGGUAGCAUUGUGGCGACAACGUAUUCAUCGUUAUGGAUCAGCAACAGCAACAGCAACGGGAUUCAUCGUAUUCGAAUUACGAGGCUUUCCGCAAUUCAGGGCAACCAGGUGGCUCCACUGUCCAUAUUGUCGAUGUAGCAGCCGGCCAGCAGAGACCGGCAAAUUUUGUGCAGCCCGAUGAAGGUCGUUCUGGCGAACCACAAUAUCGCGGUCUCAAGACAUCGGAAAGCAAGCCGCUCGGUUGCAUGGAAUGGCUGGUCACGGUGCUGUCGGUGCUGGUGUUUAUAGUCACCAGUCCCAUAUCCAUAUUCAUAUGCUUCAAGGUUGUGGCCGAAUAUGAGCGAGCCGUUAUUUUUCGGCUGGGACGGUUGAGUGGCGGCGCUCGGGGACCGGGAAUGUUCUUCAUAUUGCCCUGCAUCGAUGAGUAUCGCAAGGUGGAUUUGCGUACGGUGACAUUCAAUGUGCCCCAACAGGAGAUGCUUACCAAGGAUGCUGUGACGGUGACUGUCGAUGCGGUUGUCUAUUAUCGCAUCAGUAAUCCCCUAUACGCAAUUGUCCGCGUGGAGGACUACAGCACAUCGACACGUCUGCUCGCUGCCACCACGUUGCGCAACAUUGUCGGCACACGCAAUCUCUCCGAGCUGCUGACCGAACGCGAAAUGUUGGCCCACAAUAUGCAGGCGACCCUGGACGAUGCCACAGAGCCCUGGGGCGUUAUGGUUGAACGUGUGGAAAUCAAGGAUGUAUCGCUGCCCAUAUCCAUGCAACGUGCCAUGGCCGCUGAAGCGGAAGCGGCUCGUGAUGCCCGCGCCAAGGUGAUCGCUGCCGAAGGUGAAAAGAAGUCGGCAGCAGCCCUAAAGGAUGCUUCAGAUGUGAUAUCCUCUAGUCCAUCUGCCCUACAGUUGCGUUAUCUGCAAACGCUGAGCAGCAUAUCAGCGGAGAAGAACUCAACCAUUGUGUUCCCCUUGCCCAUGGAGCUGUUAACACCGUAUUUGGCCAAUUAUAUGCCAAGGAUGCAGCUGCCACCGAAGCCACAGUUGCCUACAAUUCCAUCGACAGAUGAAUAAGGCCGAUAUCGAUAUGAACAACAAA